AGAUGCCCUUCAUCAUCACUGUCACGAGAGCAGGAGUCAGUUCGCGCGCACGUUCCUCUGAGCGCGUUAUGUAGCUGUCGCGUGCGUGUCCAGCUCUGCCUUCAUUCCUUCACCAGGACUGAUAAAAGAGCACUUCUGCUGCCAUUGGACAUCCCGACACAAGUUCUGCUAAAUAGCUGGAGAUUAUGUCCAGUGGACUUUUAAAGGAGGAGCCCAUUCAUGAACUCUCAGACUGUGGUGCGGAGCAAAGGAGAACAAAAUCCAUCUAAUCAAAGCUGAACUAGUGUGCUGAAGACCGAGGCUCUGAGGGAGAAUCAUGGCUGGAUGCUGCAUGUCUGCGGAGGAGAAGGAACGGCAGAGGAUAAAUCAGGAGAUUGACAAACAACUAAGGAAGGACAAGAAAGACUCCCGGAGAGAACUGAAGCUGCUGCUGCUGGGCACAGGUGAGAGUGGCAAGAGUACGUUCAUUAAACAGAUGAGGAUCAUUCAUGGAUCGGGUUAUACAGAUGAAGAUAAGAAGGGCUUCAUUAAGCUCGUCCACCAGAACGUGAUCAGCGCCAUGCAGUCCAUGGUCAGAGCUAUGGAGAUGCUCAAGAUCGCUUAUGCUAACUCAGCGAACCAGGCUCAUGCUACAUUGGUGAAUGAUAUUGAGGUGGAUAAGAUCAUGAGUUUGGAUGAGGCCCAAGUGAACGCCAUCCGUAGUCUAUGGAAUGACACUGGGAUUCAGGAAUGCUACGACCGGCGCCGAGAGUACCAGCUAACCGACUCUGCCAAAUACUACCUGAGUGAUCUAGAUCGGAUUUCAGAUGCUGCAUAUGUUCCCACAGAGCAGGAUAUUCUGAGAGUCAGGGUUCCCACCACAGGAAUCAUCGAGUAUCCGUUCGACCUGGAGAACGUCAUCUUCAGGAUGGUGGAUGUCGGGGGUCAGAGAUCUGAGCGCAGGAAGUGGAUUCACUGCUUCGAGAACGUCACCUCCAUCAUCUUCCUGGUGGCGCUGAGCGAGUACGAUCAGGUCCUCGCUGAAUGCGACAAUGAGAAUCGCAUGGAGGAGAGUAAAGCUCUGUUUAAAACCAUCAUCACUUAUCCUUGGUUCCAGCAGUCGUCUGUGAUUCUCUUUCUCAAUAAGACGGACAUCCUGAAGGAGAAGAUCGUUUACUCUCAUGUGGCCACCUACUUCCCAGAAUUCACAGGCCCCAAAAAUGAUCCAAAGGCAGCCCAGGAAUUUAUUCUUAAGAUGUACCAGGAGCAGAACGAAGACAAAGACAAAACCAUCUACUCUCACUUCACCUGUGCCACCGACACCGAGAACAUCCGCUUGAUCUUCGCAGCUGUGAAGGACACCAUCCUGAGACACAAUCUCAAAGAGUUCAACCUGGUUUAAAAUCAACAACUAGACCUUUUCCUGAAGGAGAAAGCCUGGUCCUGCUGUUGAGUAGAUUUAGCUGUCACAUUAUCUUAACAUUGUUCUAAGGACGUAUAUAAGGAAUAUCUAGAAGAAUUGUCUAAUGGAUUAGAUGUGGACUGGGUUCCUGUAAAACAAGCCUUAAUCCACCAUUACAAGAAUGAAACUUCUUUUCAGCCCCGUUUAGGUCGUCUGAUAGAUGGAUAGGUUACAUCUACAACACAUGUUGCCAUCUUGUUCUUUAUACAAGUAGAGUUUACAAAGGAUGCGAUUUUAAGGAACAUGUAAAACGGAUCAAAGUCUUGAAAACUACUUGUGUAAGAGCGUUUAAAGGCAAAGUAGAGGGGAAAAGUUUACAUGUUAAAUGUAAAAACUUAUUCUGGAUUUCAUUUUAAAAAAAGCAAAUGCUCUGAAGUUGCCUUAUGUAGUUAUUUUAACACGAGCCUCAAUCAUGAUUGGUCAUUUGUAGAAAUUAAAGAUAUUUUAUUAUUUGUAAAAAA